CGGCAGCUGGUCAGUUAAUAAAGUGUUCGCGGUUGAGUCUAACGACUAACGAAUUAUCUAAUAUAUCUGUCAUAAUUAUCAACAUGAGGGCGAGUCCGAUUCUGGGUUUGUUGAUCUGCAUUGCGAUCAUCGUGAAUGUGGCUGAGGCGAAGCCAAUCUUCAUAAAGGUUUUUGCGCCAAGUAGUGGCUACUCCUAUCAAGCAGCCCCAGCUCCCACACUCUCUCCUGCGGGCUCCCAAUUGAUCUCGAGUAUAAUCACUCAGAAGCUGAAUCUUCUGGACAGUUUCCUGCGGGCAAAGUCAUCUUUCGGCAGCUUUGGCAUCACUAAAACCUUCAGCUUCUCGGGUCCAACCACCACGACGACGGAGAAGACCGUCACGGAGCAGACCACAGAGGUAAACACUGAUUAUAUACCAGAUGUUAGCUCCAGCACUCAAUCUGUGCCCACCACAACAACAACAGAAGACGACCUUAAAACGCCGCAGCCUACAGUACAUCCCCUCAAGCCAGUCACAACCACGUCCACGCCAGUGAUUCCCCCCGUGGUGACCAAGAGCACCACGACAACUACUGAGGCUUACAGCGUGGAGACAACAACCUCUGGAUACACUUACUCAACGCCAUCAACCGAUGGAUACACCUAUGGAACUUCUUCAACCGAGGAUCACUCGUUGGUGACUUCAACAGAUGGCACACAUGGAUACUCAUACCAGACCCCCACCCGCAACCCCAGUAGCAACACCAUCAGCCCUUAUUACUUGCCCUCUUCUUAAAUCAAAUUAACUUUAAUUACUAACAUAUCUGUAGGUAGACAAGUCUAAGCUUUCGAAACUCUAAACUCUGUGAAUAAUAUUGCUGAUAAUUAUUUACUAGUAGAAUACACAAUUCUUGUUCUAUUUCGUUGCUGGAGAUCGGUUCGUGUUUUGCGCCUCAUGCGGAAGUGAAUUGAUUCGAGUUCCCGCACAUUGCUCCUAUCACAAUGGACUCUUCUCUUUAGCCAAUUAGCAUAGAAACCAGUUUUAGUUUCUAUUUCGGGUUUAGUUUCGGUUUCAGUUUCAGUUAACCGCAAAAAGAUGAAAGAUUAACUAAGUAAAUACAGACACAAAUUG